AUGGAUAUAAGCGACACAACAACUAAUUUUGAAUCUUACGAACCUUUACUCGUUAAUUGGCUUCGUUACGAAUUACGAGGUAUUCGCCAAGAUGAACCAGACUUUUCCACUUUUCGUGAUGGGUUACUCCUUCGUCAAUUAUACGAGAAGGUGAACGACCUUGCUCAAACAAAAACGUUUCCUGCGUCGAGUUUUGUUGAAGCGGUCUAUGAAAACAGUAUAGUUAUAUCAACGAUAUUUAAUUCCAGUAACCCAACACUUGAUAACCAAUUCACACUUGGUGAGACUCAAUCAGUCAUUUCAGUCUUAGUCAAACUCUUUUUGAAUACUCAAAAAGCAAAUACAGUCAUUUCGUUUAUCAAUUCGACAAUUGAGUCUCUCGAACCAGUUUUGGGUCGACACAUUAACAACUUAUCAAGUGAGUGGUCUGAUGGGUCUUUAUUCACACAACUCUUUUUGAUACUCUUUCCAUCAAUAAGCCCCUCUUUUUUUAAUAACAUUGAAAGACCUGUAGACGCUAUUGACCUCUGUAUUGACCAAGCUUAUUUACUCGUUAAAAUACCAAAGUUAAUAACUGCUCAAGGAGUCGUCUUUUUGCACGAAGAAUUUUCUUUGGCAAUGUAUUUCAGUUACUUCAAGUCGUUCAUUAAGAGUGCGCCAAAGAAGCGGAUCAUGCGAUAUGACGAAAUAACACAGAGCAAAAUGGUUAAGUUGAUUCAAAAUGACGACGAGAAUUACAAAAUUGCUCCAGUGCUAACGAAGCCCAAAACAGAGACAGUCGAAAAGGUGGAGACCAUCAUUCAAACAACUGCAGAGAUCAUUCCAGAGGGUGAGACGCAGAAGGAGUUUAACAUCAAUAUCUAUCAGGACAAUCCACAUCUCGAGAAAGACAAAGAAGACCUUGAGAAGUUAAAACAGUUAUCAAAUUGGUAUGAAGGAAUUAAUUUGGACUUACUCUAUGAGUCUCCAAUGCUCCUAUUCACACCAGACAAGAACAAUUUGGCUGCUGAAAAGAUCCGACUCUUUGGCAAUUCAAAAUUCCAGAAGAACAAUAAGAAAUUCAUGAAACAGUACUAUGAAAGAGGGUGUUGCUUACUUCGUGGGUUAUUGGUGCCAAUGAGCGAAAAGUCUGCAUUCGAAAAUUUUGAGAUGGCGGCCAAAUUUGGGCACAUCGCGUCAAUACACAAUUUGGGACUCAUGAAAGAGCGAGGGAUGGGGUGUCCACAAGACAAACGUGGGGCUCGUGAAAUGUAUAAAGUAGCAUUGAAUAGUGGUUGUUUGUAUUCAUGCAACAAUUUGGCGGUGUUACAGUACAUUUCUGGGGAUGUCAACUCGGCGCAGACUAAUUGGCGUUUCAGUGCUGGUAAAGGGUUAUUGUGUUCUUUGAACAAUUUGGGUGUAUCUUUGAUUACUUCAGAGCCCGACAGAGCAGUCAAGAUGCUUGUAGAGUCUGCUCGAUAUGGGAACAUGUAUUCUAUUUUUAAUUUGGGUGUUCUUGCAUUCAAAGGACUACCGGGGCUUAUUCCCGUCAACAUCAAAACGUCCAUAGAUUUGUUCACUCGGAGUUUUGGGGUAGUCCAGUCACGAUAUAAUCUUGGUGUGUUGUCGCAGAUGGGUGUUGGUGUACCCAAAGACGAGAAGAAAGCGCUUCGAUAUUACUCGCAGUCGUUGUGUUCUGAGACAAGCUCUGAAGUGAAUAUCGCAAUCAGUUUUUUAUAUGGCGAUUACAACAAAGAGCGCGAAGAAGAUAUGACUGUGAAGAUAUUAAAAAGCCACAACACGGGGGUGUGCAAAUUCCACUUAGGGAUGUGUUACCGAAAGGGGUGUGGGGUGCUUGAGAGUGCGACGAAGAGUGCAGAGUGCUAUAAAGAGUCUAUGGGGGCGGGCAAUGAAUUUGCAAAAUUCCAUGUCGCUUGUGUUAAAAUGAUUCACCACGAUGACAAGAAGGAGUCUCUCGAGUUAGUCAAAGAAGCAGUAGAAGCCGGGUAUUGGGUAGCGAAGUCGUGGUAUGGUCGUUAUCUUUAUCAAGAAAAUAAAGAGGAAGGGUUAUCUUUAAUUCGUGAAGCGUGUCGUAUGCAAGACAAACGAGCACUUUAUGCUCUAUCCAUUCACCUUUAUAAAGAAGAGAAUAAACUGAAUGAAUCCAUUCAGAUAUUGAACACUUUAGUCGCAUCCAAUUUCAAAGAAGCAAUUGUGACGUUAGGCGUCUUCUAUUUAAAAGGUGUUGGUGUUCAAAAAGACGUGAGUCAAGCGUGUUCCUUAUGGAGAAAAGCGAAGUCCUUAGGGGACAAAACAGCCGAGUCUUUCAUCAAGGCGUGUGAGUAG